AUGUCUUAAACAAGAACUAGUUAGAGCUCUAAACAUCAAAGAAAAAGUGAGAAUCGUUUUUAAUAAUAAAUUAAUAGUCUUUUACAAAAUGUAAGUAAUCCACCAUUGAAUAUAUCAAAAAGAUGGAUUAAGGAUAGAGAGGGAGAAUAAAAGAAUUUAUUUGAAGAAGUUAAACAAAAUGAGUUUACUGGUAAAAAUUAGACACUUACAUAAUUAACUGAAAUAGGAAAGAAAUUAGCAAAAAUGAAAAAGAAACUUAGAACUCUUACUGCUGAUGAUCGUCUAAAAACACCAGUAUCAGAUAAUAAAAGUAGAAAAUCAACUAAGUCAAAGAAAAGUUAAAGUAAAAAGGGGUAGAGUUCACAUAGUCAAUCAAGAACAUAAUUAAAGAGUCUUGAAUAAAGCAGAAGUAAAUCUUCAAAGAAAGUUAAAAAAUAAUAAAAGUCAUCAAAGACUUAAAAUACUCCAAAAUUUAAAAAGAAGACUUAUGAUAAUAAAUUGGGAAGUUUCUCAAAAGAAAUGUAAUAAUAAAGAGAUAGUUCAAGACCUAAUGUUAGAAUUUUAGAAUCAAGAAUUGCAAAGAAUACUAUUGAUAGAAGUUCUAGGUAAUAAAAUUAAAUUAAUAGAAGUCCCUCUCGUUCAAUUGGAUCUUCCAAAAAAUAGUAAAGAAAUCGUAGAGUUGAAACUCCUUGUGAAGAAUCAAGUUCAUUAACAGAUUCUAGUGAUACAAAAGAAAUUAUGAAAUUAAAAAUGAAUCCAAUUAAUCAAUAAUCUAAAUAUGAAGUAUUUAUGGAUAAUGAAAAAAAAAUAAAAGAACUUGAUGCAGGAUAAUUAAGUAGAGAAGAGAAUCUUAUGUUAACAACUAAAUUAGAAUCUGUUACUAAAGAAAAAUUAUUAAGAGAAUAUAGAAUAUUGUAUUAUAGAAGUAAAGAAGUCAAAAAAUUACUCACAGAAUAUUAUGAAUAAAAUUUGCAUUUAACUGAAGAAAUUAACGAAUUAUAAUAAAUUAUUUAAGAAAAAUAACUAGAAAAUAAAUAAGUCAAAAAAGAAUUAAAAUCUCAAUGUAAAGAAAUGAAAAUUAUGUAAUCAGAAUAUAGUACAAAAUUAGAUUAAUUGGGAAAAUCAUAUUAAUAGCAUGAAAUGAAUACUGUUCCAUUAAAUGAUUAUGAAAGAUUAAAAUAAGAAAAUGAUAAAAUUUUAAUUGAAAAUGAAAUGUUAAAGGAAGAUUAUAAAAUAAUAAGUCAAAAAAUGCAAUAGAUUGAAAAUGAAAUAUAUUAAAAAAGAUAGUAUGAAAUUCCUGAAUAAGAGAUGUCUUAAAGAUUAUAAAGAGAAUUAGAAUCAGUUAGAGAUUAAGCUGAUAGAAUAAAAGAAGAAAAUAUGAAAUUGAAAUUACAAUUAGAUAAAGAAUAGAUAUCUAAUAGAGAAUUAUCAUAAUAAAUAAAUUAAAAAAAAAAUGAAUUUGAUGGAAAUGUAGAAUAAAAAUAAUAUGAAUUAUCUUCAUUAAAAUCUCAUUUAUAGAAUGCUAAUACUAAAAUUUAAAAAUUAGAAUAAUAAAUAACAUAAAUGAAAUAUCAAAUGAUUUCAGAAUAAGAAUAAUCAUUUUCAAUUCGUGAAAAAAUAAUUAGAUAAGAAGAAGAUUUAAGAAUAGCAAAUUUGAAAGUAGAAAAUAGAGAAAAAGAAAUAAAUGAAUAAAGAUCAAAAGAAUUGAUUUUAAAGAAAAAAAUAUUAGAUUUAGAAUCUAAAAUUGAAAAUCAAUAAUAAUAGUAAUCAUAACCAUAUUUUGAACCAAUAAUUACAAUUAAUAAACCAAACAAUUCUGAAUCAUGUAUAUUAAUAUAUAUAUAUAUUAGUUAUUAAUAAGGAAUUAUAAAUGGAACGAUAAUUAUUAGCAAAAACUUAAGAAUAGUUAUAAAAUAUUUAAGGUGAAAAUGAUUAAUUAAAACGAAAUCUGAAAUAAAUUGAAUUAGAAUUAUAAUUUGAAAGACAAUAGAAUGAAUAAAUCAAAUUAAAAUUCUCUUAGUUAUAAUAAGAAAAUGAAUUUACACUUCAAAGAGCAUAAAAACAAUUUGAAGAAACUGAAAAUCAUCGUUCAAAAGAAUUCUAAUUAACUGAAUAACAAUAUAAAAAUUAAGAGAACUAAUUAUUUUCAGCAUAAUAAAGAAUAAAUGAAUUAGAAAAUGAAUUUAGAAUAUUGACCAAUAAGGAAUAAGAGAAUAAAAAUUAAAUAAAUGAUUAAAAAUUAUAAAUUGAAAAAUAAUAAUUAAAAUUAGAAUAAAAUUUGACAAAAAUAAAUGAAUUUUAGAAUUAGAUUAAAACAUUAGAAAAUGAAAAUGCAUAAUUAUCUGAAAAUAAUAGAUAAUUAAAAAUACAAAAUUAAUAAUUAAUUAAAGAAUUAGAAUAGAUUGAUAGGAUUAAAGAUAAUUAUAAAAAUAAAUAUUUAAAUAAUAGAUAUGAAAACAAAAAAUUGUUAAAUUAAUAUCAUGAAGUAAUUGUAAUCUAAUAUUUAGAAAGAAAAUAUUAUGAAAUAAACAUUUACAAGUGAAUUAGAGAAAGUAAAAUGUUAAAAAGAAUAAUUAGAAAAAGUAAAAAAUGAAGAAGAAUGUUAACGGUAAUAAAAAGAUAAGAAAUUAAAAGUUAUAAAUGAUCUAUAAUAAAUGAUCAAAGGACAUAAAAUGAAUCUUGAUAAAUGA